UUUUGCUUGUUAGAUUGCUCGGAAAUUAAAAGAAAAUUGUAAUGAACAUUUGACGAAGGUUUGAAGCCUUACGUAAUUGAUAAAGUCAAAUUUGGCUGGAGAGAAGAACAUUUUGAAAAUGCCUCCCUACUCUGAUGCUGAAGAAAGGGACCUCAGUGUUCUGCUUGAAUCUUUUGGUUCUUUAUUUUCUCUGGAGGAUAUAGCAAGUGCAUAUUGUGAGGCGAAACGCAAUGUUAAUAUGGCUGCUGAGAUCCUCUGUGCCUCCUCUAAUAGUGAUGAGCUCAAGGGUACAAUUUCUGAACCUGCUAAAGUGUCUUCUGCAAGUGAAUUUCCGAAUUCCCUUCAUGGGGAAAGGAACUCAGGUGCAGUGAAAUCAAAGCCUCAUCGUGUAUCACUUGGCACUGUCUCUGGUGUUGUUGGAAAGGAGUACAUUCACCCGAAGAAAAUGCCGACUCAAGGCGUGAAGAGCAAACCUUCGAAGAUAGAUGCAAAGGAGCUGCCAGAAUCAGAGAUAUGGAGUGAAAGGGAUUCACUGAAAAUUGAAGCAGCAAAGGGCAGCAUGAGGGAUGAUGUUGUAAACUUCCUCUUUCAGAUGCUUGGAGAUGGCUUUGAGCUUGACAAGGAUAAGAUACAUGAUGUUCUUGGCCUCUGUGGAUAUGAUGUGAAGAAGGUACACGUGAUUUUACCUAUUUGCAUUUUGGACAAUUUGACAAUGGAGGAGCUGCUUGACAUGUCAGCUUCUACAUUGGAGAAAGGUGAUGACGAUCACGGUCUGGCUGGUGAAAAUUUAAAAGAUCAGCAUCCAGAUGUAAGCUCUGAAUCCAGCGAGAAAGAAUGCAAUUCAAUUGAUAAAGUAGGGCUUCAGAAAGAAAUCUUAGGAUCAUUAUUUUCUUUUCCACAAAGGUCUGAAGAACAGCCAAAGCAUAGGCUUCCAGUGAGAUCAACCCCAUAUCGUUAUGGUAGACGAGUUGUAAGAAUUCCAGAAGAUACCCCAAAAGUUCAGCAAAGUACUACUGUAGUGCCACAAGUUAUAAAGGAAGAGAGCGACGAAGAUGAGAAUAGCUAUAAUGUGCUGCGUAGAGCAGUGAGGGAAAAUUGGGCUACCAUGAAAGAAUACUACAGUGCUGCUGUUGAUGCAUUUGCUAAGGGUGAUUAUGCACGGGCAGACAGACUUAUGGAACAGGGACACUUUUAUAACAGAAUGGCUCGAGAAGCAGAUGAAAAAUCUGCACAAAAGCUUCUUCAGUCUAGUGAAUCCAAUGAUGAUGCUAUACCUCUUGACUUGAGCGAACAUGAACCAAAGGAAGCCCUUCGUCUUGUCAAGUUUCAUUUGACUACUCUCUCUGGCAUUCAUUCAAUCAAGUACCUUAAAGUCAUAGUUGGGACAGGAGAUGAAGAUAAGAAAGGAACAAGGAAAAAACUGAAGAUUAUUAAGCAGCUGAGCACGAAUUCCAUUCAAUGGACCGAGGAAGACAACGGUAGGAUCCUACGCCUCAAAGUGGACGAGAUUGAUCGUAAGACCUUGAAUUUUGCCCAAAAGAAUUGAUAUUUAUGAAUUUAGCUUAGUCCUUUAAAACUUGAAAAAGUAUAUUGAUAUCAAAUUGUAGUCUUUCGUAACCGAUGAUAUCAGAUUAUUGUUAAAACAUUCAGCUAGUGUUUGCACAAUCAAAUCAAUGAACAU